AUGCAGCGCCUGCUGGCCAGUGCUCUACUUACCCUCUUCGCCCUGGGAACAUCCGCUUAUCCCACCGACCCCCUCACCGGUGAUCUAGCCAAAUGGGAAGUCUCCCCCUCCCCCGGCGCACCCACGGUAAUCCUGAAUGGAACUGUUGAACAUGUCUACGCGAAACUCCUCGAGCUCAACCCCAACUACGACGAGGACUGGGCAGGCGUCGACGAGGACGACAACGUGGAUGGAUACCUUGGCUUUGAUCUCGACAAUGAUACUGACGAUACCGCCGAAGACACAAGUUCUGACGUCGAAGCUAAGACUCAAGGCCUUCACGCCCGCACAAUGCAGCCCCUUCACCCCCGAAAACAUCUCUCGUGUGAAGCAUCCUGGGACGCCGACCAGUGGCACAUCAAGCAAGGGAUCAAGUAUCUGCGGAAGGUAAAGGCGAACCCGACGCAUCUUCCGGGACAGUGUGGGCAGGUCAGCUGUUCAGGGGACUCGGGGAUUUAUUGGUGUAAUUUUGACCCGAAGCGCACAAAAGUCUUGCCCUCGUAUAAUAACAUCGCCGAUGGCGCGCAAGUUAUCCUCGAUAACUGUAAGCGCACACAGAAUGGGGUGCGGGGAAAACUGGGACAUGAUGAUCUCUGGACGGUUUUUGUGCAGAAGGCGAAGUGUUAG